AUCAUCACUAGACUUAUUUCAACAUAAAGCACAUACUCUAGUCUACAUUAAUUAUUUCUUGCAAUUCCACUAAACAAUAAUCCUUAAUUGUCAGCAAAACAUAUGGCUGAUGAAGUUGUCCUUUUGGAUACAGAUGUGAGCAUGUUUGGGAUGAGAGUCAGGAUUGCCCUGGCUGAUAAGGGGAUCCAAUAUGAAUACAAGGAGCAAGACUUGAUGAACAAAGCCCCUCUACUCCUACAAAUGAAUCCAAUUCAUAAGAAAGUCCCAGUCUUGAUUCACAAUGGAAAGCCAAUCUGUGAGUCACUCAUCAUUGUCGAGUACAUAGAUGAAGUUUGGAAGGACAAAUCACCUCUGAUGCCUUCUGAUCCUUACAGGAGAGCUCAUGCUAGGUUUUGGGCUGAUUAUUUUGACAAAAAGGUAUAUGAUACUGGAAGGAAAAUCUGGACUUGUAAAGUGGAGGAGCAAGAAGCAGCCAAUAAAGAAUUCAUAGAGUGCCUCAAGGUGUUGGAAGGGGAAUUGGGAGACAAGCCAUACUUUGAUGGAGAAAAUUUUGGGUUUGUGGAUAUGUUCCUUAUUCCUUACUACACCUGGUUCCCUGCUUAUGACAAAUUUGGAAACUUUAGCAUAGAAGCAGAGUGUCCUAAAUUUGUGGCAUGGGCCAAAAAGUGUAUGCAAAAGGAAAGUGUCUCCAAGUCUCUUGCUGACCCUGACAAAGUCUAUGAUUUUGUUGUCAUGUUGAGACAAAGGCGGGGCAUUGCCUAAACGUCACAGAGACGGAUUUGGAGUGGGUUCUACAGGUUCGAUCGAUCGAACAUAUUGUUUCAAGUUCGUACUAUGUUACAUGUAAAAGAAAUUUAAAAUGUUUGCAUAUAAUAAGAUCACACUCAUUCUGGAUCCAGUUCUGAAUUCGAUAUAUCUAUUGUUCUUGUACUUUUUAUCUUCUUUUGAGUUCAGAGAGGAAACCUGAACAGUUGUGUUUGUGUUUUGAUAAUUUGGUUUGCUUUAUGUAGAAAGUAGUAAAGUCCUGUUUACUACUUGGCAUUUUAGACAGUGAAUAAUUGUAAUAUUGGAGAUUUUGCUUUCUACUA